AAAAACGAGAAUGACGAUUCGAUUUCUUGUGGCAUAGCAGACGCUAAAAACACGCAAUUGUCCAGGAAGACGUCACUCAUCGUCACACAGCUGCCGCGGCGAACUAUCACAACUACCACACUAGAAAGACAAAAACCGACAAAAGAAUCUGAGCCUUAAAGACACUUUUGACUGCUGUUCGACAAUUCUCAGGAUGACCCACUAGUAAAACAACCCAACGGGAAGGCAACUAUCACCACCACUACCACCGAUUUGCCCGCCACCAAGCUCCGCGAGAAAUAGACUCCACCUCUGCAACACUAGUUUUGACAGAAGGAACGAGAAGGAAGAGUUCAACGCUGCCAUUAUGGACUCGGGAAAGCAAAUAACGUUCCCACUCUUGAUGUGCGUUGGAACAGCUGUAAUUGGCUCAUUACAGUUCGGCUACAACACUGGCGUCAUCAAUGCCCCUCAGAAGAUCAUUGAGCAGUUCAUCAAUGACACAUGGAAGGAGCGCUACAAUGAAGAGAUCACCAAAGGCUCACAAACAGCCAUCUGGUCUGUGGCUGUGGCCAUUUUCUCUGUGGGAGGAAUCCUGGGCUCCUUCUCUGUUGGACUGUUUGUCAACCGUUUUGGAAGAAAGAACUCCAUGCUCAUUGUCAACGUCCUGGCCUUCAUCGCAGCAGCACUGAUGGGUUUUUCAAAAAUGGCCGCCUCCUGGGAAAUGCUCAUCAUUGGCCGUUUCGUGGUCGGCCUCUACUCUGGUCUCUCUACAGGCUUUGUACCGAUGUACGUGGGUGAAGUUUCUCCCACGGCUCUGAGAGGAGCCAUGGGAACACUACACCAACUGGGCAUCGUGGUCGGCAUCCUAAUUGCACAGGUAUUUGGCCUGGACAUCAUCAUGGGCAGUGAGCACCUGUGGCCACUCCUCCUGAGCUUCACCUUCCUACCUGCAGUGAUUCAGUGUGUGCUGCUGCCCAUGUGCCCGGAGAGCCCACGUUUCUUGCUCAUCAAUAGGAAUGAAGAGAACAAGGCCAAGACUGUGCUGAAGAAACUCCGGGGCUGCUCAGACGUGAGUGCUGACAUGCAGGAGAUGAAGGAGGAGAGUCGGCAGAUGAUGCGAGAGAAGAAGGUCACCAUCAAGGAGCUGGUCACGUCGCCCCUCUACCGCCAGCCGCUCAUCGUCGCCAUCGUCCUGCAGCUCUCACAGCAGCUCUCAGGCAUCAACGCUGUGUUCUACUACUCUACUAAAAUCUUUGAGACAGCUGGGGUGGAGCAGCCGGUCUACGCCACUAUUGGUGCUGGUGUAGUGAACACAGCUUUCACUGUGGUGUCGCUCUUUAUUGUAGAAAGAGCAGGACGUAGGUCUCUCCACAUGGUGGGGCUGCUGGGAAUGGCUGGAUCCGCUGUCCUCAUGACUGUUGCUGUGGCUCUGCUGGACCAGGUCACCUGGAUGUCCUACCUCAGCAUCGUGGCCAUUUUUGCCUUUGUGGCCUUCUUCGAAAUCGGACCUGGUCCCAUCCCUUGGUUCAUCGUGGCUGAGUUGUUUUCACAGGGACCCAGACCUUCAGCUAUAGCUCUGGCUGGUUUGUCCAACUGGACCGCCAACUUCAUAGUGGGAAUGAGUUUCCAAUAUGUACAGGACAUCUGUGGCCCGUAUGUGUUCAUCAUCUUCACCGUACUGCUUCUCCUCUUCUUCAUCUUCACCUACUUCAAAGUGCCAGAGACAAAGGGCCGGACAUUUGACGAGAUCUCGGCUGGUUUCCGCCGUACAGCCGCCAUGGACGUGGAAAAGCACUCCCCGGAGGAGCUGAACAGUCUGGGAGCUGACUCCCAGCUCUAGGACAGACUUUUAUUUUUUAACUUCCACACUGUCACCACAUUUCGGGGUCGCAGUCCCACUUGAUUCUCCCAACACCAAAAUCUCCUGCAGCUCCUUUUUAAUAUGAGAGAGAAACUCAGUGAGCGCUGUUGUCUGACAGCUGUAGACUGGGAUGGGGGAGGAGGGGAGGUUGUUUUUUAACAAAGUUUUAAAGAAAGAAAGCAAGUGUUUUCAUCAAUUUAACCGUCAUAACGCUUGUUUGACUAAAUAUAUUUAUUGAUUAGCCUACGUUCUGUCCUUAGCAGCCUGUUACAGUUUUUUUUUUAUUUCCUGGUCAAAGAGAACCGUAGCUGUAGAAUUGGUCUCUAAAAAAUACUUCUUUGGAUGCUGUAUCACUGUAGACUCCUGCACUGUAAAUCCUCUAUCUCUGUGCAUCAGAUGGGGGCGCUCGAUGGAAAAAAUUGUGCCUGACAAGUUUCUGUGCCUUUAGUAGUUACUGAACACUCCAGGUCUGUCGUAUGCUGUUUUUCACUGUGAGGAAUUUUUAAUCUGUCAGUCAAAUGUUAUCUGUUACUGAUUUACUCCUUUCUACUGUAGAACACAGUACUUGUUGCUGUAUUUUUGGUCAUAUAUAUUAAUAUGUCUUUUUUAUCGAUGAUACAUCUGCACAGCGUCAGUUUUUAGCAGAACAGCUGAGAGGUUGGCUCUAAAUGUUGGCUGUAAAUCUCUGUACGCGUCACGUCCAAGUGGCCUAAAGUAAAACAUUCUCCAAUCUGAUUUCCUCUGGUGUGGAAAGAGUACACACUCCACAUCAGCUCUGCCUCUCAAACCAUUUGUGAGUUUAAGUGCCUGUCUGAAACCAUCAUUCCUUCUGCCUGCAACUUUCCAGCCUGUCACAGUGUGUGUCAGCCUUGAGAAGUAAAGCCUUGUAGUAUUUCUCUGGGCUGAAACGACACGUGGUGCCUUUAAAGUCUGACAACCUCAGAACAGGAGCCGUGGAAUUAUUUCUCAAAAUAUUGUCAGAAAUUGUGACGUGGUUUUUACGAGGGACCAAAAAUGAAUAUCAAUCUUACUGACGAUUAAGUUCUAACCAUAAAACCAGCAGUGUUCCUUGUACUGGUGGACGCUCCUUUUGUGCCUCGUUUCCAGCAGUAUUGCGUUAUGGUGUCUUUCUUGUGGUUGUGCACUCACUGCAGACAUUGGCUGUUGACAAAAAGAAGACAAAAAACAAGAAACGAGUGAACCAUGUGGUUGCUCUCCUCACAUCACCGUGCUGUACAAGGCACUGUCUGUAACUGCUGUAUCACUCGUAUUCCUGUCAGUGCAUUGUUUGGGGAAGGUUAUCUUUUUUUUUUUUUUUUUUUUUGUAGCAGCACUUUAUUAUUCAGUUUCUUAGUCACCAUCAUUGUGUUGUUGUUGUGAUCAGUGUGGAAACGAUUACUGAAGAGAGAGUGAAGAGUAGCUAAUGGAUGUCUGAUGUGGAUGAAAUGAAAAUGCAUAGAGUUUUGUCUUAAUUUUUUUUGUUUGUUUCUAUUUGUAUCCGCAUUCUCCUCUAAAAACAUACUGAGGUCAGUAGUGAGUGAAUAUUUAAGUCCUCAAACUUUAUAUGUUUUGUCUAAGAAAACAUGUACAUCAUACCAGAGUUGUUCAUUAGAUCUCAGCCCAGCCUUGUUGGAAUGCACUGUAACAAACACCUUACACGUUUUCACCAGCGAACUCCUGUAACUGCCUUAACACAGUGCAUGUCCACACACACUGACAUCAUUUCUAUAAACAAAAAACAAAUUAAAUUUUGUAUUUUAUGUACAUAUAAUACACCGAUGUUUGGGAAUUGUAAUAUGUAAUGCAAUAUUAACUUCUCACACAGGUCAGUAGUCUAAACACACACUGCAGCCUUUCCCUCUUUGAAUUUAAGAUUGAAUAUUUCUGUUUUAGAGAAGUUUUUCAAACUGUAGGUUAACUAAUGUUUAGCGCUGUAGUGUAUCUCUGCCACACUUCUAUUUUUUUUAUCCAAUAUUAUAUGGAUAAGCCGUGGCCUAAUGAUCAUUUUAUAUCUGUAGUGCACAGAGUGUAUUUUAAUUUUAUUUGUAAUAUUAUAAAAUUCUGUGUGUAUGUGGAUGGUAAACUGCGUGGAUUACACUCUUGUAACAGUGAUUUAUUGGCUGAAUUAAAAAAAGCAUACAUACAGAA